CUUAAUAUUUGUUACUACUAUUACUAAUAUUAUUAUUGCAUUUUCCUCCAAUAUUGUCCCUUUCUCUCUCUCUAUCUCUCUCCCUCUCAUUUUGUUAUCAAGAAGUGUGAGAAGAAGAAGAAAAGAUAUACACUAAUUAUUCAAGAAAAUUGCUUUGGUUUUUGAUGGAUCUCAAAGAAACUGAGUUGUGUUUGGGGCUACCUGGUGGUGGUGGAGGAGAAUUAAGAGAUAAUAAGAUCAAUGGGAAAAGAGGUUAUUCUGAGACUGUUGAUUUGAAACUCAACUUUCACCAAUCCAAUGAUUCUUGUGCUAUGGAUCUAAAGGACAAGAAUAAGAUGAAAACUACUCCUACUAACAAAGAAACUGCUUGUAACAAGGAUCUAAUCAAGCCACCUGCAAAGGCACAAGUAGUGGGUUGGCCACCAGUGAGAUCAUUCAGGAAGAAUGUAAUGGCUCAAAAGAGCAACACGGAAGAAACUGAUAAGACUAGUGCGGCUGCAUUUGUCAAAGUUUGCAUGGAUGGUGCACCUUACUUACGUAAGGUAGAUUUAAAAAUGUACAAAAGCUACCAAGAACUUUCUGAUGCUUUGGCUAAGAUGUUUAGCUCCUUUACUAAUGGAAAAUAUGGGUCCCAAGGAAUGAUAGAUUUUAUGAAUGAGAGCAAACUGAUGGAUCUCCUCAACAGUUCUGAAUAUGUACCUACCUAUGAAGAUAAAGAUGGAGAUUGGAUGCUUGUUGGAGAUGUACCCUGGGAAAUGUUUGUUGAUUCAUGCAAGCGUUUACGGAUAAUGAAAGGAUCGGAAGCUAUUGGACUUGCACCAAGAGCUAUGGAGAAAUGCAAGAGCAGGAUCUAAGCUAAUUGAUGUCUUUCAAAGGUGCAAAAACUCCAUAGAUGUUUAAACAAGUUGAAGUUGAAGCUUUUGUGAGAUUAAUAUUGUUGUUUCCAUGUGUCUGUAUUUUUAUUUGAUUAGUAUAUAGUUAAUUAAAGAAGUGAUCUUUAAUUUGGACAUUUGUAAUGGACAAGAAGCAAUAAACUUAAAACCCUCUAUUGUGUC